GUUUUUGUUUUGGGUUGAAGUUGAGGCUGAGGAGGGAGCCCAGCUAGCGACAAGCGGUCGUCGCGGCCGCGGGCGCCGAGGGAGGUAGUGGAGGAGGUCCUGUCAGAGCCUAGAGGUCGCUCCUCCCCGCGCGACUGUCCCAUCCUCGUUCCUGCUCCGCCGCAGCCGCCGCCUCCGGGUCCCGGAACUCGCGGGCCUGCCCAGGGCCGCUGCGCUUUGCACUCCGCACGCCGCAGCGCCCUGCCCGGGCCGCACCCGCCGGCCUCAUGAGGAGGGACGUGAACGGAGUGACCAAGAGCAGGUUUGAGAUGUUCUCAAAUAGCGAUGAAGCUGUAAUCAAUAAAAAGCUUCCAAAAGAACUCCUAUUACGGAUAUUUUCCUUCCUCGAUGUCGUUACCUUGUGUCGCUGUGCUCAGGUUUCCAGGGCCUGGAAUGUUCUUGCUCUGGAUGGCAGCAACUGGCAGCGAAUUGACCUAUUUGAUUUCCAGAGGGAUAUUGAGGGCCGGGUAGUGGAGAAUAUUUCAAAACGAUGUGGAGGGUUUUUACGAAAGUUAAGUCUUCGUGGGUGUCUUGGAGUAGGAGACAAUGCAUUAAGGACCUUUGCACAAAACUGUAGGAAUAUAGAAGUACUGAACCUAAAUGGAUGUACAAAGACUACAGAUGCUACAUGUACUAGCCUUAGCAAGUUCUGUUCCAAACUCAGGCACCUAGACUUGGCUUCCUGUACAUCGAUAACAAACAUGUCUCUCAAAGCUCUGAGCGAGGGGUGUCCGCUGCUGGAGCAACUGAACAUUUCCUGGUGUGACCAAGUAACGAAGGAUGGCAUCCAAGCUCUAGUGAGAGGCUGCGGGGGGCUCAAGGCCUUAUUCUUAAAAGGCUGCACACAGCUAGAAGAUGAAGCUCUCAAGUACAUAGGUGCACAUUGUCCUGAGCUGGUGACUCUGAACUUGCAGACUUGCUUACAAAUCACCGACGAGGGUCUUAUUACCAUCUGCAGAGGCUGCCAUAAGUUGCAGUCCCUCUGUGCCUCCGGCUGCUCCAACAUCACAGAUGCCAUCCUGAACGCGCUGGGUCAGAACUGCCCUCGGCUUCGAAUAUUAGAAGUUGCAAGAUGUUCUCAACUAACAGAUGUGGGUUUUACCACUUUGGCCAGGAAUUGCCAUGAGCUUGAAAAGAUGGACCUGGAAGAAUGUGUUCAGAUAACUGAUAGCACGUUAAUCCAACUUUCUAUACACUGUCCUCGACUUCAAGUAUUGAGUCUGUCCCACUGUGAGCUCAUCACAGACGAUGGCAUCCGCCACCUGGGGAACGGGGCCUGUGCGCACGAUCAGCUGGAGGUGAUCGAGCUGGACAACUGCCCCCUCAUCACAGAUGCGUCCCUGGAGCAUCUGAAGAGCUGCCACAGCCUGGAGCGGAUCGAGCUCUACGACUGCCAGCAGAUCACUCGCGCCGGCAUCAAGAGGCUCAGGACCCACCUACCCAACAUUAAAGUCCACGCCUACUUCGCACCUGUCACUCCACCCCCGUCAGUCGGAGGCAGCAGACAGCGCUUCUGCAGAUGCUGCAUCAUCCUAUGACACUGGAGGGCUCUGCCACUGUGAGCUGAGUACUUAAGAACACUCUAGAGUUACCUGGUGUCUCCAGCAGAAGUAACCCCAGGGUUCUGGGCAAGUGUUACGGAGUGAGGCCGUGUCCAGGUCCCCAGAGCCACGCGUACGUAUGCAUCCACAACCUACCCCGCCCACUCCAGCUCUGUGGCCACGGGACUGAAGCUCGUGCUGGCUCUCCCAAGUGGAUUGGUGAAACUUACCUGUCCUGUCAGACACACCCAGAACAUCAUAGGCCAACACGGAGGGAGGGCACUCCAGCAGACCCAGGGUUACUGCUGUGCUGGUUUCUUUAUUUUGUUAAGGGGGUUUUGUUGGGGAUUUUGGAACAGUAACUGCAGUCAUCCAAGGUCAAGGAAAGCAUGGGAAAAUGAUACGGGAGGUAUCCAGGGACCAGAAAGAAAUUCCUGGCAUCCUAGAUGUGGCAGCCCUCAUUAUGAAAUGACCACAUAGCUUCUGUGCUUCCUGUAUCCAUGCAACGUGCUGAGCACGCUCGCAGAGAAAGCUGUCCAUUCCUCCUUGGUUUGGUACUUAGCCCAGGGGUUGCUGAAAUGCUGCGGUCCAGAUGUGGCUGCUCAUCAAACUGCCCUGUCUGUCCACACCGCGCACCUGUCUUCCGCUCUGCGUGGCUCCUUCUGCACCCUGCUCAGUGUGUCACCCAGUCACCAUCUGCUACUCCCUCAGUUGUUACUCUUGGGCUGUUGUGUUUACAGUUUGCAUUUUGGAUGAUUAGUUGAGGUUAUCAAACAUUUUUAAAAGAAACAUUAUCAAUAAAUAUUUUUUUAAUUUGAAA